UCUCUUUCGUUUAUUCGGUUUUCAUCUAUCGCUCAGGUCGGUUCUAUGUCGGAGAAAAUGGACUCACUGGUUGAAAUACCUCGCGGCGAUUGGAUAAAGCUGAGGGAUCUCUAUGACAAACAAGAUCCAAGUUCACAUGGGUACAUGUGCAUUAAUAACUAUAUAAAUUGGGUGAAGAAGGAACCAGAACUACCCAUCAGAAUAUUAUCGCUAAAUGGCGACUGGCAAAAAGAGGGAACCUUUCUCAUAUCCGUGGAAAUGGGCCAUAAAUAUCAUCUCUUCUUCAACACAUUGAACGAUGAUCUGAGCCCGGUGACAAAGGCCCUGGAAUGCUUGAAGCCCACAAACGAUCAGUAUUUGUUUUUUGGGUACCGAUCUCGCUUUGACCCUGUGAUCAGGCACAUUGGAAAGACAUUCCUCACCAAAGAGCUCAGUUUUACGGAUGGCGUUUGGUACUAUGCCACCAAAGAACUUGUUUCAACUUUCACCAUCGAGGUCCCAAAUGGCAUCAGACUGGACAACUUAAGUAUUAAGGAUGCCGAAACGAUCAACGAAAUCUGGCCACAUCGUCAUCCCAACUCAGUGGAAUUUGUUCGGCGACAAAUUCAGUACAGUGAGAAUGUCGGCGCCUAUGAUGAGACUGGCAAAUUGGUGUCCUGGUGCCUGAGAUUGCCAGUUGGUUCCUUGGGUUUGCUGCAAGUUCUGGAGUCCCAUAAGCGUCUGGGUCUGGGCAGCCUCAUGGUUCGCGCUCUGUCGAAAAAGAUCAAUGACUUGGGCGAAUCAGUUGUGGCUCCGGUGGUGCCAGAAAAUAUAGCCUCCCGCACUAUGUUUGAGAAACUCGGUUUCAGGAAUAUUGAUAAAGUCUAUUGGGCCGAAUAAAUAGAUGAGAGAUAAUGACAAUAAAUGACUUUCAGAACUGAAGCAACUGGAA